CAGGUACCGCAUGCCAUGGGAGAGCCUUCCUAACACCAACUGCCUUCGCAAAAAGUGCAGAAGUGACGGGGAUUGCUGCAGACGACACUCCAAGUGCAACCCUCAGGCCCACGUCUGCUACGACUGCUGGUACGGACAUCCGUGCAGAACGAACAGAGACUGCUGCGAGAGGUUUCCUUACUGCAACUCUGUGUUCAACACUUGUGGGAAGUAGUGCGUGGACGGAGGAGGAGGGGGUGGAGUGAGGGAGGAGGAGGAGGAGUGUUGGAGGAGGAGUGAUGGAGGAGGAGGAGUGGGAGAGGGAGGCGAGGAGGAGAGGUAGGAGGAGAGUGAUAGAGGAAGGGUGGUAUAGAAUGAAGGGUGAGUGGUGAUAAUAGAGUUUAGGAAAAAUUGGGGGAGGGAGACGAAGAGAAGGGAGAUAAGAGUAGACGAGAAUAAAGGAGGAGGAGGAGGAGGAGGAGGAGGAGGAGGAGGGGUGGAGUAGAAGGAAGGAGGAGUUGUGUGGGAAGAUGAGGAAGGAAGAGAAUUAAAAAAGAGGGUAGAAGAGAUGAGGGAGAAGGACGUGGAACAGAAGGAAGCGGAGGGGAUGGAAGAGAAGGAAGGAGGAGGAGGGGUUUAGAAAGAUGGGGGGAUGAACGGAAGGAAGAUGAGAGUGGAGGAGGAGGAUGAAACAGAAAAAAAACGGGAAAGUGGAGGAAAAUGAGCUAGGGGAGAAGGAGAUAUGAGCAAAAGGAAGGAGGAGGCGAAGGAGGGAAUAGAGGAAUAUGGGAGAGGGGAAAGGGGUUAGAAACAGAGUGAAGGAGGAACAGAAGGAAGGAAGAGGAAAAGGCUUGUAAAUUUGAAUCCUCUUGGCAGAUUUUGGGUGGUCUAUCUGAUUUGCUAAUAGCACAACGCUUGGUGCAGUCACAAUGAACGGAGAUACUUUAGAAAGACGAAUAGACAACUUCACUGAAAUCUUGUAGGCGGGCAUCUAUAAGAAUUGUGGUGGUAGGCAUUUACCACUGCGGUGGUAGGCAUUUAUAACUGUGGUGGCAGGCAUAUCAAUUUCCGGUAAUAACAGAUGUUGGGAGAAAAAAAAAACAAUGGCCGCCAUGUUGUACUGCCCUCUCUGACAGAAGGUCAUAGUUCACGAAUCAUCAGGUCAUAAUGUAAUAAUUAUGUGCAUGCUUGAUCAGAAAAGAAAGAACACUAGAUGUUUCCAGUGCACGAAAUAUUAUUUUUCCACGAAUAUAUAAAGCCCAUCUCCUUCUAAAAAGCACAAACUUCAGUUCACCACGCACGCACUAAGCAAUCAAAGAGUGAGAGAUAUUCCAUUGACAUGUUCUUAAAAGAUUCACAUUUGCAAGAUAUUCUUUAGAAACGUUCUAAAUACCUUUUUGGCUUCUGUCUUGUUUAAAUCAACCAAAUAAAAUCGCAUUCUCUACAU